UGGCUAUCUUCGGGGAAUGGUCAGCUGGAUUCCCUCUAUGUUAGGUCUACUUGGAGGGAAAUGGGAUAACGAUGAGUCAACAGGUCAUGUGACAUCUCGGCUUGCUCUGAUUGGUGGAACCUCCACUUGCCACAUGGUGGUACGUGUCUAAUACUCCGGUGUAUGUCCCUGGGGUAUGGGGUCCGUACGUAUAUCUACGCAUGUGUACCGGGUUACGGUGGUACUACCUCGAAUGGAAGGGAUUGGGCAGCGCUCCGUCUGGACAAUCUGGUGGGUAUUUGUAUGUGACUAUCACUUGUGGAGUGGUGUUUGAGUUUUUUGUCCGUACUAGGCAGUGCAGUGUGUACGAAGAGAUUGAGCAAACACUCCACACGCUGUCCCUCCAUCUCUGCCACCCUUCCCUUCUCACCUCACAUCUGCACGUCGUUCCCGAUUUCCAUGGCAACCGUUGUCCUUUCGCUGACCCCACCAUACUAGGAAUGGUGUCAGGCCAGUCAAUGAUACUAACAGAAGGUGAUCUCUUCAGUCUUCUAUCUUGGCCGUGGUACAGGCACUGGCUCUUGGCACGCGACAUAUAAUUGAAGAGAUGAACACAAAUCGUCACACGGUCCAAGUUAUUUUCAUCUGCGGCGGAUUAAGACACAACAAGACCUACGUGCAGGCCACCUCUGAUGCCACAGGCCUGCCUGUGGUUCUAUAUACCUGCUGAGGAAGAGUCGGUUUACUAGGAGCUGGGAUCUUGGCCGCAGCUGCUGCUAGAAAUGAAGAGGUGUCAGUGGUUAUGAGCUCUGGGGACAGUAGGACUGUUGAACCGACCUCUGACCCAGCAGUAAGACUGUUCUCGAUAUGGGUGUUGUGAAGGAAGUAGUGGCAGCGUUGGAGCGCUCCCCCGUUAGCUCCAAGGAUCUCAACGACCUAAAGAGUACGAGACUGGGCAAGUACAUCAACCAGGUCCGGCGAGCCAUCCCUGAUAAGUCUCUUGCCAAGAGAAUGAAGACACUAGUGAUUCAAUGGCGGAGUUUGGCCCAGCAGUCACCAACCACUCCCAAUGGUGUACCCUCACGUACCACACCUCCUCCACUCCUCUCUGCGUUAGUCACACCCUCUCCUGCUCCCCUGGGCACCACGCACACAACAUCACCUGCAAUUCUCACAACCAACACACCACCUGCACCCCCUCAAUCCAGUGCACCCUUACAAACUUCCUCGCAAACGCUCCCCCUGCCCCCACCUGCUCGCCCCUCGUCUGCCAACCCUGCCAUGAACAGGAAGAGGGCUCUGCACAGAUUGAGCAAGUUCCCUCCUCAACAUCCACCCCAGAAGUCCUCUCUCUCCACUUCCACAUCCUCUUCCUCUUCCUCUGUGCCCACUCAACAAACAACACCCUCCCCCACACCACCACCAACUUCUUCUCAGUCACCUUCUCCUGCACGUUCUACCAGCAAAUCCCCCUCACUCCACUCUUAUCCUCAUCCUCCUACUGGAAAGCUACCCUCCAAACUCACCACAAAGCCAGUUCACACUGUGGAGACUUCCCCUGCCAGUGAAGAACGGACGACUGCACCUGCAUCUCUUCAAGUUCGAUUCCCACUGCACUCUGUGGCCAGGAAUUUGGUUGUGAGGAUCCCUCUGGAGCAUGUCAGUGUUUCCAGACCAUCUGUGGUCGCAUCAGAUGAACCAACUCUCAGAACUCCUAAUGACACUUCCAGCAGAGAGGGUAGACCUGUACCCAUUCCUACUGCCGAUUCACAACUCGUCGCACACGCAAAUGGCGUCCAUGUGGAUGUUACCGAGUCUGCUGAUUCUAUAGCUGAGACCGACAGCACUACAAAAUCUCCUCCCCCUUCAUAUCUAGCUCUGGGACCAACUGACAGAGAUAGACUAGGAGAGAUAGUGACAGAACCUGUGAGUCUCAUAGUCAGCAUCGAUCGACGUUUGCUGCAAAGACAGGCUGGGAUCAAUCUGAGCUCUACUGUAUCCCAACUGGACACGCCCACCACAGACAAACCUAGUGUUGGAACUGACUUGAACAGUGACGAUGGGUCCACUCCAGUAAAACAGACCCAGUCAGUCGCAGUGAGUGCUCGAGGCGACUUUGGAACGGACAGUGUCUGGCAAAGAUGGACCGAUCCUAUCAUCCACGAGGACAGUUUUGCGGUGAAUAUCUUACCGUAUGUCUAUAUAGACGGCUUGGAGGAGAGUGAAGACGAAAGCUCGUGAUUGUGCCUAAAUCUCUAUCGGCCACCUCAUCUGCCGUGUGUAAUUAUUUCAAUGUGUAUUGUGUGUCUUCUGCAG